AUGGAGAAAAAGAUCGGCAAAAAAGUUUUCAUGCAUGACAAGAAGCUCGGGAGAUUCCUGGAGAGGCGUGCCAGUAAUCAAUCACUUGGAGGCGAAGGGAAAGUGAUUGUUAACUUUGAAGAGACGGUUUACAACAUUUUCAACAACGAAGGAAAAGUUGCUGUCCGGGUUCUUAUCAAGGCGCUGGACGAGCAAGGAAUUAAGUUGGACGACCCAAGACUGCGAGAAUUUACGGAUUAUUUAUCGCAAGUUGCGAUGGAGAAAAGCUUUGAAUCGGAAGAUGGCGAACCCGUGUUGAUCGAAAAUUUGACCCUGGAGAAGUCAACGUUCAUUUCGUACGCAUUAUUACAUACGGCAAUUUUGAAAAGAAAUUAUGACGAAGAAAACGAAUCUUAUUUUCACAGUUUGGUAAAGCAAAAUCGGAUGAUGCUUUCCAAAGCUCUGCGUUCGAAAUUCGUGCUGCCAGAGUUCAGGAAAUUUUGCGCCAUCGUCAAACAAUUUUUUCUUGAGUGCAAAUCCAUGGAACUAGGAGGGCAGCCAUAUCCGUUGAUUCGCCAGACAGCAAGCAUUAAUCCGGACGCGUUUGGGAUUUCUAUCUGUUCCACGGAUGGGCAACGAUUUUCUAUCGGCGAUGCGAAAGAUCCGUUUCUUCUUCUGUCAUGCAGCAAUGUUUUAACUUACUCGUUGGCGAGAACGCAUUUGAGUUCGGACGAAGUCCACGAGUACGUUGGGCAGGAACCAAGUGGACGGAAUUGUUCGGAACUUGCUGUGGACUCGAAUAACCGACCGUGGCACUCAAUUUUUCUUUGGAAUCGACCCGUGUUAUGUAUGCGACAGAAAGCAUGCGGUGGAUUGCCCUUGACUUUCAACAACUCAGCGUACAUCGGGCUCCGACAUCGAGCGGAUGGAAAUUAUGCGCAAGCGUUCUACAUGCGGGAAACAAAAAGCUUCCCUUCCACGGUCAACCUCGAGUCUUGCAUGGAAUUGUAUCUCCAGUGUCGGGCAAUGGAGGGGACAUGUGAGGCGUUGGCGGUUGUUGCUGCCACGUUGGCCAAUGGCGGCAUUAAUCCCAUCACCGGCGAGACUAAAAUAGUGACUGCUUUCCCGUUCCAUCAUUUCGACAAUGCGAAGCAUGACAAGAUGAAGUCUGACCCUUGCAUGGCGGAGGUGUACGAAAAGUCGGAAGCCGUGGUGGCGAUUCUGUUCUCUGCUGCUUCGGGUGACGUCACGGCGAUGAGGCGCUUCUUCAUGUCCGGAAUGAAUCUCAAUACGGCCGACUACGACGGAAGGACGCCGUUGCAUUUGUCGGCGGCCGAAGGCCACACCGAGUGCGUCGAAUUCCUCGUCAAGACUUGCAAAGUGGAUCCCAAUUCGAGGGACAGGUACUUCGUAGACCGCUUCAUUUCCGAAUCACAACACAACCAUGUGAAAUCUGACAUUUCUGUAUAG